AUGAAAUAAGAAAUUAUGAGCAACAAUAUAGUUUACCAGAAUUCAAAACCCCACUAAUUUAUGGAAUAUAACCCAGCAUAUGAAUAAUAAUAAUAAUAAAUAUAGAUCUAAAAACUUAACCAAAAGUAAUAUGAAGAAGUAUAAUCUAUUCGAUAUUACAUCUAUGAUAAUCUACAAUUCCUGAUUAACUUACUUUACUCCUCAAAAGCAGUCAAUGAGCAUUUUGAAAAUGACCCUCAACAUCCUAUGAGAAUAAUUGCAAGAAAUAAAAUAACUCUUUAGUUAAAUUUAUCGAAUAGCAUCCAAUUUGACUAAUCAUUCUAAUAUAAAUCUGAUUCUAAAUUAAACCAAGUAUUACAAAUGGAAAAAUAAAAUGCCAAAUAGUUAUUAGAGCAACUUUCGCCAGAGUUUAAAUAAGAAUUUGCAAACUAUUUAGAAAUAUACAAAAAAAGUAGUUUAGAUUAGAAUAUUGAAAUGCGUUCAUUAAAUUUGGAAUAAACUAAUCUCGAAACAAAAUUCGAUUCUAAUGUUCUGCAAUCUAUAAUAAAUUCAAUUUAAUAAGUGGAUAAAACAACUUAAUAAUUUAGAGAAUAAAAAGCAUACAAUAUACCGAACAUUUAAGAUAUAUUAACAAAUGCAAACAACUACUAUGAAAAAACAAAAUAAUAACUUGACAAUAAUUAUCCAAAUCAAAACCAGAUAUAAAUAGAACUAUAAGAAAUAAGUUUAAAACAAGACUUGCCAACCACUGAAUCUAAAAAAAAAAGACCAUUUAAUCGCCCUAAAAAUGGCAAAAAGAAUGUUGGAAUUCAAAAAAGAAAAAUCUAUAAAGAUACUUUAUAAAGAAAUAAGAAUCAUUCUAAUUAAUAACACUAAGGGGAUAGUAGUUGAUAAUAGUUUUUAUAUUUUUAUAAUGUAUAAAAAAUUUUUAUGAUCAAACACGGUA